AUGAAGAGGUUCUAUGAAGACAAAGUACUUCCUGUGGGUCAGCCAUCUCAGAAGAGGUCAGUUUCCCUUCUACUUCCUCUUUAACCCCACUAUCGUUUCCUGUUUCAUGUCUCUUUAUGACUUUGACCCCAGAGUGAAGUGAGAUACUCGACCAAUAGAGUUGGAUUCAGGUUCAUCUUACUCUCCAAACCACUCUCUUUGUCUUUCUUUCAAUUGGUUGACAUUUUCUAUAGCGGCGACGGAGGCCUCCUUGUACUUUUGCAUCCCAGUGUUAUAGAGUUAAGGCAAUGUCUGAUUCAUCCGUAGACUGAAAGUCAUAAGUGAAUACGCAUGAUGUCAUCUUCUACUGUUGUCUUUGCAAAGGUCAUAAGUAGAGAUAUCAUGUCCUGUUUACACCAGUGGCAUGCCAAUCCGUGUAUGGUGACAAACAUUAAAUUCAAAGGGGGACGCACCUGUGAUCUCUCUGUUUCUCUCCUAGAGGAGACGAAGAAGAGAGAGAGAGAGGAGAGAGAGAGAGAGAGAGAGAGAGCAGAGAGAAGAGAGAGAGAGAGGAGAGACUCUCUCUCUUCUUCUCUCUAUCUCUCUCUCUCUCUCUCUCUCUCUCUCUCUCUCUAUCUCUCUCUCUCUCUCUCUCUCUCUCCUCUCUCUCUCUCUCUCUCUCUCUUCUCUCGUCUCUCUUCUCUCUCUCUCUCCGUUUCUCUCCUGUCUUCCCAGGUAGUACAGUACUUCACGGUCUUCUUUUGGCAUAUCAAGAUCAACAACAAACCCCUGUUCCUUCACCACGUCAUCAUGCACGGCAUCCCCAACUUUGAGUCCAAAGGAGGUGAGAGUUGACGCGCACACACAAACACACGUGCAUACACAUGCACGCAUGCACACUUAAUACACACACACACACCUUGUUUUUACUCAAUGUUCUGUGACGGCUUUUCAGGUUGUCGCCCUUUCCUCAAGAUCUACCAGGCCAUGCAGCCAGUCUACACAUCUGGGAUCUAGUAAGCACACACACCACACACACAGUCUUGCGGAGCUAACUUUGUGGGGACAUACAAUUCAGUCCCAUUCAAAAUCAUAUCCCUAACCCUAACCCAAAAACCUAAACCUAAACCUAACCCUAGCUCCUAACCCUAAAACUAACCCUAUCUCCUAACCCUAAACCUAAUUCUAACCCUGACACUUAUUCUAAUCUUAUCCCUAAACCCCCUAGAAAUAGCAUUUGACCUUGUGGGGACCAACAAAAUGUCCCCAGUUGGUCAAAUUUCUCUUGGUUUACUAUUCUUGUGGGGACUUCUGGUCCCCACAAUUAUAGUUAAACACAUCCACACCCACCCACACAACACACACAGAACACACACACAAACACACACACACACACACCACAGACACAACACAACACACAACACACACACACCCACACACACACACACACACACACACACACACACACACACACACACAGUAAAUCCCCAGCCCCAGUCUCUAGGUGUCCGCCCCCUUCUCUAGUUCCCCAGUCUCUAUGUUCCCCAUGUCUCUAGUUCCCCAUUCCUCUAUUUUCCCCGAGUCUCUAGUUUCCCCAGCCCCAGUCUCUAGUUCCCAUCUCUUAGUUCCCCAUCCCCAGUCUCUAAGUUCCCCAGUUCUCUAGUUCCCCCAUCUCUAUUUUCCUGCCUCCCUCUAGUUCCCAAGUUCUAGUUCCCCUUCCUCGAAGUUCCCUAGCCCAUUCUCUGUUCCCCCCACAGUCUCUAGUUCCCCAGUCUCUCGUUUCCCCAGUCCUCGAGUUCCCAGUCUUCGUUUCCCCCCCGCCCAGUCUCUAGUUCCCCAGUCUCUAUUUCCCAUUCUCUAGUUUCCCCAGGCUCUAUUUCCCGUCUCUAGUUUCCCAGCUCCAGUCUCUAGUUCCCCAUGCUCUAGUUCCCCAGUCUCUAGUUCCCAGUCUCUCGUUCCGCUUCCUCUAGUUCCCUCCACCCAAUCUCUAGUUCCCCAGUCCUCUAGUUCCCCGUCUCUAGUUCCCCCCCCAGUCUCUAGUUUCCCCAUCUCUAGUUCCCCAGUCUCUAUUCCCCAGUCUCUAUUUCCCCAGUCUCUAUCAUUUCCCCAGUCUCUAGUUCCCCCGUCUCUAGUUCCCACAGUCUCUUGUUCCUUCCCUCAUCUCUAGUUCCAGUCUGCUAGUUCCACCAGUCCUCUAUUCCCCUAGUCUCUCGUUCCCCCAGUCUCUGUUCCCCAGCCCCCGGCUCUAGUUCCCCAGUCCUCUAGUUCCCCAGUCUCUGGUUCCCCCAGUCUCUAGUUCACCAGUCUCUAGUUCCCCAGUCUUCUAAUUCCCCCUUCUCUAUUCCCUCAUCUCUAUUCCCCCAGUCUCUAGUUUCCCCAGUCUCUAGUUCCCCAUUCUCUAGUUCCCCAUCUCUAGUUCCCACAGUCUCUUAGUUCCCCCCUCUAGUUCCCCAGUCUCUAGUUUCCCCCCAUUCUCUAGUUCCCCAGUCCUUUCCGUCCCCAGUUCCUCUAGUUCCGCCAGCCCCAGUCUCUAGUGUCCCAGUCUCUAGUCCCCCCCAUCCUAAGUUCCCCAUUCUUCUAGUUCCCCAGCCCCAUUCUCGAGUUCCCCCCGUCUCUAGUUCCCCAUCUCUAGUUUCCUCCCCAGUGUCACUAUUUCCCCAUUCUCUAUCUCCCCUCGGUUUCCCAGUCUCUAGUUUCCCCUCUCUAUUCCCCAUUCUCUAGUCCCCAGUCUCUAGGUCCCUCCCCCAGCCCCAUCUCUAUUCCCCAGUCUCUGUUUUCCCGCCAGUCUCUAUUUCCCCAUCCUAGUUCCCAGCCUCUUAUUCCCGUCUCUAGUUCCCCAUCUCUAUUCCUCAGUCUCAGUCCCCAGUCUCUAGUUCCCCAUCCUGUUCCCCAGCCCCAGUCUCUAGUUCCCCCAGUCUCUAGUUCCAAGUCUCUAUUCCCCCGUCUCUAGUUUCCCCAGCCCCGUCUCUAUUUUCCCCAGUCCUAGUUCCCGUCUCUAGUUUCCCCCCCAGCCCCAGUCUCUGGUUCCCAGUCCUAGUUCCCCCGUCUCUAGUUCCCCAGUCCUCUAUUUCCCCAGGCUCUAGGUACCCUGUCUCUAGUUUCCCCGCCAGCCCCAGUCUCUAGUUCCCCAGUCUCUAUCCCCAGUCUCUAGUUCCCCCAGCCCAGUCUCGCUUUCCCAGUCUCUAUGUUCCCCCAUCUCUAGUUCCCCAGUCUCUAGUUGCCCCAGCCCCAGUCUCUAGUUCCCCCUCUCUAGUUCCCCAGGUCUCUAUUCCCCAUCUCUAUCCCCAGUCUCUAGUUCCCCCAGUCGCUAGUUCCCCGCACCCAUCUCUAGUUCCCCAGUCUCUGGUUUCCCCAGUCUCCUGUUUCCCAGUCUCUAUUCCCCAGUCUCUAUUCCUUUCCCCAAGCCCCCAUGCUCUAGUUCCCCAGUUCUAUUUCCCCAGUCCCUAGUCCCCCAGCCCCAGUCUCUCUAGUUCCCCUUCUCUAGUUGCCCCAGUCCUCUAUUCCCCAUCUCUCGUUCCCCAUCUCUAUUUCCCCAUCUCCUAGUUUUCCCAUUCUCAGUGUCCCCAGUCCUCUAGUUCCCCAGUCGCUAGUUCCCCAGCCCCAGUCUCUAUUCCCCAGUCUCUAUUCCCCAUUCUCUUGUUCCCCGUCUCUAGUGUCGGAAGACCUCUCUAUUUCCCGCAGUCUCUAGUUCCCCAUUCUCUAGUUUCCCCAUCUCGGAUUUCCCCAGGCUCUAUUCCCCAGAUCUCUAGGUUCCCCAGUCUCUAGUUUUCCCCAGUCCUUUAGUUCCCCAGUCUCUAGUUCCCCCAAAGGGGGGGUUUUUCUCUAUUGCCCCCCAGGCUUAGUCCCUCAUUCCUCUAGUUCCCCCCCAGUCUCUAGUUUCCCCAGUCUCGUGAUUCCCCAGUCUCUAGUUCCCCAGUCUCUAGUUCCCCAGUCUCUAGUUCCCCAGUCUCUAGUUCCCCAGUCUCUAGUUCCCCAGUCUCUAGUUCCCCAGUCUCUAGGUUCCCAGUCUCUAGUUCCCACAGUCCUCUAUUCCCCCGCCCCAGUCCUCUAGUUCCCCAGUCUCUAUGCCCCCCAGCCCCAUCUCAGUUCCCCAGUCCCCUUUCUAUUUCCCCAGUCUUCCCCUAGUUCCCCAGUCCUAGUUCCCCCGUCUCUAGUUCCCAGAUCUCUAGUUUCCAGUCUCCUAUUCCCACAUGUCCUCUAGUUUUCCUCCCCAGUCUCUAGUUUCCCAGUCUCUAGUUCCCCCCAGCUCUAGUUCCCCAGCCCCAUCCUCUAGUUCCCCAGUCCGUCUAGUUCCCCAUGCUCUAGUUCCCCCAGUCCUCUAGUUCCCCAUCCCCAGUCUCUAGUUUCCCCAGUCUCUAUUUUCCCCAGUCCCUAGUUUGCCCCAUCGCCCUAUCUAUUCCCCAUUUCUCUAGUUCCCCCAGGUCUCCCUCGUUCCCCAUCUCUAGUUCCCCAGUCCCCGCUUCGUUCCCCAGUCCUCUAGUUCCAAGUCUCUAGUUUCCCCAUUCUCUAGUUCCCCAUCCUAGUUUCCCCUCCAUUCCCUCUAUUCCCCCCAUUCUCUCGUUCCCCAGUCUCUAGUUCCCCAGUCUCUAGUUCCCAGGUCGCUCUAGUUCCCCGUCCUAGUUCCUUGCCCCAUUCUCUAGUUCCCCAGCCGCUAGUUCCCCAGUCUCUAUUUCCCCAGUCUCAGUGUCCCCAGUCUCUAGUUCCCCAAAAAAGUCCUCUAGUUCCCCAGUCUCUAGUUCCCCAGGCCCCAGUCUCUAUUCCCCAGUCUCUAUUCCCCAGUCCUCUAGUUUCCCCAUCUCUAGUUCCCCAGCCCCAGUCCGCCUAGUUCCCGCAGUCCGCAGUGCCCAUCUCUAUUCCCCAGUCCCCCUCUAUUUCCCCAGUCUCUAGUUCCCCCAGCUCAGUUCCUCCAGCCCCAGCUCUAGUGUCCCCUUCGCUAGUUCCUUCCCCAGUCUCUAGUUUCCCCAGCUCUAGUUCCCACAGCCCCAGUCUCUAUUCCCCAUCCCUCUAUUCCCCAGUAAUCUAGGUCCCCAGUCUCUAGUUCCCCUUCUUCUCGGUUCCCAGUCUCUAUUCCCCAGUCUCUAGUUCCCCGCUCGCUAGUUUCCCCAGUCUCUAGGUUCCCCAGUCUCUUCUGGUACCCCAGUCUCUAGUGUCCCCAGUCCUAGUUCCCAGGUCUCAGUUCCCACAGUCCUCUAGUUCCCCACCCAGUCUCUAGUUCCCCCAGCCCAGUCUCUAUUCCCCAUCCUCUGUUCCCCAGUCUCUAGUUCCCCAGUCUCGAGGUCCCCCAUUCUCUAGUUCCCCCCCAUCCUCUAGUUCCCCAUCUCUAGUUCCCCAGUCUCGAGUUCCCCCCAGUCUCUAGUUCCCCAGUCUCUAGUUCCCCAGUCUCUAGUUCCCCAGUCUCUAGUUCCCCAGUCUCUAGUUCCCCAGUCUCUAGUUCCCCAGUAUCUACUAGUUCCCCAGUCUCUGUUCCCCAGGUCUCUAGUUCCCCCCCGUCCUCUAGGUGUCCCCAUCUCUAGUUCCCCCAGCCCCAGUCCCUCUAGUUCCCCAGUCCUCUAGUUCCCCAGUCUCUUUCCCCAUCUCUAGUUCCCAAGUCUCUAUUUCCCCAGGCCCAUCUCUAGUUCCCCAGUCUCUAGUUCCCCCCCCCCGUCCCUAUUCCCCAGUCGCUAGUUCCCCAGUCUCUAUUCCCCACCCCAGUCUCAUAAGUUCCCCCUCCUAGUGGUCCCCAGUCUCUAGUUCCCCAGUCUCUGGUUCCCCAGUCUCUUAGUUCCCCCCAGUCUUCGGUUCCCCAGUCUCUAGUUCCCCUGCCUCUAUUUCCCCAGUCUCUAUUUCCCCAGUCUCUAGUUCCCCAGUCUCUAGUUCCCCAGUCUCUAGUUUCCCCACCCCAAGCCCCGUCUCUAUUUCCCCAGCCCCAGUCUCUAGUCCCCAUCCCCAGUCUCUAGUUCCCCCCCAGCCCCAGUCCUCUAGUUUCCCCAGCCCCAGUCUCUGAGUUCCCAGCCACAGUCUCUAGUUCCCCAGUCCUCUAUUUUCCCCAGUCCCUCUCGUUCCCCAGGCCCGUCCUCUAGUUCCCCAGUCUCUUAGUUCCCCAUCUCUCUAGUUCCCCAGUCUCUCUUCCCCAGGCCCCAGUCCUCUAGUUCCCCAGCCCAUCUCUAGUUCCCCCAGUCUCUAGUUCCCCAUUCUCUAGUUCCCAUUCUCUAUGCCCAUCUCGAUUCCCCAGUCUCUAUUUCCCCAGUCUCUAUUUUCCCCCGUCCUAUUUCCCCAGGCUCCAUGUUCUCUAUUCCCCAGUCUCUAUUCCCCAGGUCCCUAGUGUCCCCAGUCCCCGCAGGUCCCCAGUCUCUAGUUCCCCGUCUCGCGUUCCCCAGCUCCAGUAUCUGUGUCCGCCCAGUCUCUAGUUUCCAGUCCUAGUUUUUCGCCCAGUCUCUAGUUCCACCAGUUCUCUAUUCCCCAUUCCCCUCGUUCCCCCCAUUCUCUAAGUCCCCAUUCUCUAUUCCCCAUCCUCUAGUUCCCCAGUCUCUAUUUCCCCAUCUCUAGUUCCCCAGCCCAAGUCUCUAGUUCCCCAGUCUCUAGUUCCCCAGUCUCUAGUUCCCCAGUCUCUAGUUCCCCAGUCUCUAGUUACCCCCUCAGUCUCUAGUUCCCCAGUCUCAUUCCCCCAGUCUCCUAGUUCCUCAGCUCCGUCUCUAUUUCCCCAUUCCUGGUUGCCCCAGUCUCUAUUUCCCCCCCAGUCUCUAGUUCCCGCAGUAUCUAGUUCCCCCGUAUCUAGUUCCCAGUCUCUAGUUCCCCACCUCUAGUUCCCCAGUCGCGAGUUCCCCAUCCUAGUUCCCCCAGUCCUCUAGUUCCCCAGCCCCAGUCUCUAGUUCCCCAGUCUCUAGUUCCCCAGUCUCUAGUUCCCCAGUCUCUAGUUCCCCAGUCUCUGGUUCCCCAGCCCCAGUCUCUAGUUCCCCAGUCUCUAGUUCCCCAGUCUCUAGUUCCCCAGUCUCUAGUUCCCCAGUCUCUAGUUCCCCAGUCUCUGGUUCCCCAUCCUCUAGUUCCCCCAUGCUCUAUUCCCCAACUAGUUCCCCAGUAUUAUUUUCCCCAGUCUCUAGUUUCUCCCCACCUCUAGUUCCCCAGUCUCUAGUUCCCCAGCCCCAGUCUCUAGUUCCCCAGUCUCUAGUUCCCCAGUCUCUAGUUCCCCAGUCUCUAUUUCCCCAGCCCAUCUCGAAGUUCCCCCGUCUCUGGUUCCCCCAGUCCUCCUAGUUCCAGUCUCUAGUUCCCCAGUCUCUAGUUCCCCAGUCUCUAGUUCCCCAGUCUCUAGUUUCCCCCGUCAUCCUAGUUCCCAGUCCUAUUCCCGGCCCCAGUAUCUGUUCCCCAUUCCCUCUAGUUCCCCAGUCUCUAGUUCCCCUAGUCCCUCGCGUUCCCUCCCCCCAGUCUCUCGUUCCCCAUCCCCAUCUCUAGUUCCCCAGUGCUAGUUCCCCAUCUCUAGUUCCCCCAUUCUCAGGUCCCCCAGUCUCUAGUUCCCCAGUCUCUAGUUCCCCAGUCUCUAGUUCCCCAGCCCCAGUCUCUCGUUCCCCAGCCCCAGGCUCUUGUUCCCCAGCCUCAGAUGUUUCAGCCUGGUGUUACGAUCAGUAGUAGUGUUAUUAGUAACUGGAGGAGCCAGUGAAAUAAGUAGACAGGGAUGUGUGUGGACACCCCAGGGCCUUGCAUGAAGGACCCCUACAGCUUCCCAGGCCCGGGCAGGUAGUGAUGGAUUAUACAGCUUUAAGCAGUUGUUUGAGCACACAGGAGGGCAUGCCCACAGAUGGCAGGACAAAUCAGGGAAACCCCAGGUGGUACCCAAAAACGUGGUCUCCUCCACUUCCCUCCCUCCUUCCUCUUCCUUCCCUUCCUUCCUCCUUCUUCCUUCCUUCCUUCGCUUCCUUCCUCUUCCUUCCUUCCUUCCUCUUCCUCCUUCCUUCCUUCCUGUCCUUCCUUCCUUCCUUCCUCUUCCUUCCUUCUCCUUGUCCUUCCUUCCUUCCGUCCUUCCUUCCUUCCUUCCUUCCUUCCGUCCUUCCUGUCCUUCCUUCCAUAUUCCUUCCUGUCCUUCUUCCUUCCUUCCUUCGUCCUUUCCUUACUGUCCUGGUCCCUGUGCUUCCUCUUCCUUUCCCCCUUCCUUUCCGUUCCUGUUUCCUGGUUCCUGUCCUAGGUCCGGUCUUCAUGUCCUUCCUUUCCGUUCCUUUCCUUGGAAUCAAGCUUCGGCAUUCGUUCGUAUCCUUCCUGAAAUACCUUUCGCUUCCUUCCUAUUCCUAUGCUUCCUUCCUUCCUUCCUUCCUCCUUCUUCCGUCCUUCCUUGUCUUUGCAUUGCUAAAACUUUUAUUUCCCUGUAUCUCCAUGUACAGUAUGUAUGUAUAUGCAUCUCACUGUCUUACCAAUCAAGUCUCCAUAAUAUCCAUAUAUCCAUCUAAAUCUUGUGUGUGUGUGUGUGUGUGUGUGUGCGCGCACUCAUAUGUGCAUACCCAGUAUGUGUGUACCUGUGUUUGUACUAAAACUGUGUGUUUAAUCACUAACCUGGAUCUCUAUAUUUCCCAGGGUGCUCCGCUCCCCCCUCAAGGCUCCAUCUCUCUCCCUCCCUCCGUCUCUCCCUCAUCCCCCUCUCUGACAUGCACUCUAUUACCUAGUAUUCCUUUGGUCCCUGGCUCACAUUAUGACAUGCAUGUAGGUACACAUUACCCUCAGCCAGAGCAUUGACCUCAGCCAGAAUAUUACCCUCAGCCAGACCAUUACCCUCAGCCAGAACAUUAUCAUCAGCCAGAGCAUUACCCUCAGCCAGACCAUUACCCUCAGCCAGAACAUAGUGGUCAAGUGCACCAUCUCACUGUCUUACCAAUCAAGUCUUCAUAAUAGCUAAUCAUCUACUUCACUGAUCAUACGUCUAGCUAACCGGUGUGUGUAAAAGAGGUGUGCGUCUGUGUUUGGUGUCGGGUGGUGGUGCAUUCAAAACAGUAACCCGUGCUCUCUCUCUGUGUGUGUGUGUGUGUGUUUACAGCGUGAUGAUAUCAAUGUGGUUUGAUGUAUAGCGGUGGUGUGUUCAAGCGAGUACAACAUGUGUUGUGUUUCUGUGUUUGGUGUGGAGUGGUGAUUUGUUUUGUGUGUUGGUUUAUAGCGUGAUGGUGUGGUGUGUUCACAAUGCUCUGUGUGUGUUUCCAGUAAUGUCCAGGGAGACAGCCAGACCAGUGUCUGCAUCACCAUUGAGCCUGGCCUGCUGCUGAAGGGGGACAUUCUGGUAAGAACCAUCAGCUCAUCCCUGAGUGACAUGGAGAAGUAUGGCAUGUACUGUACAUAGCCUUUGGGAGUGUGUAGUAUAGUAAAGUAUUAUGCCCCCUCAAAAUGAGGAGAUAGUGGAUUGACUUCUGUCGUUAAGAGGGAAUGCAAUUUAAUUUAGCAACUUUUGAGUCCAAAUACAUUGUGUCCAAAUACAGUAUGUUUAUCCUUAAGACUUUAAUAGUCCCCAUUAAUAAAACAGCAGGGCAGUAAAAACUAGAGGACAGUUGGCAUGUGCCCUAUACCUCAGUUUAACUACCCUCAUUAGCACACGAUAUGCAGGCUAUAAGCUAGCAUGUCAGAAUGACGUCCUCUUCAAGAGCAUGCUGGACAUAUUAGAGUUUUUAUUAGAGUUUUAAGACAAGAAGAAGACGAAUACUUUAUUGUCCAUUCUCCACGGUCUUCAGCACGGACACAGAGACGUAUAGCUUCAGCUGGCUAGUCUAUCAGCCACUGAUUGAUUUGCGUGUACAAUGGUGACAUCAUUUCUGCCAAGGCAAUUUAAAAGCAGUUCUUACCCGAAGGCAAUACCGUUUGGCCCCAAACAGACACUGUAGCAGCAGGCCUGUAGCUACAUAUGAAAACACUGAGGCCGGACCUCUCUCAAAAAAUAUAUAUAAUAAUGAAGAUAUAUACAGUACCAGUCAAAAGAUUGGACACACCUACUCAUUCCAGGGUUUUCCUUUCCUUUUACUAUUUUCUACAUUGUAGAAUAAUAGUGAAGAUAUCAAAACUAUAAAAUAACAUAUAUGGAAUCAUGUAGUAACCAAAAAAAGUGUUAAACAAAUCAAAAUACAUAUUAUGUUUGAGAUUCUUCAAAUAGCCACCCUUUGCCUUGAUGGCAGCUUUCUUUCAGAACUCAGCCAAGGACUCAACUUACUGUUAACAGUUAGAAUAGGAAUUUCGGUGCAAUUUCAGAACUUGGUUGCAAUAGUUUUCAUCUUGUCAUAUGUCACUGACAGUUACUCAAUUAGCCUCCCACUGAGCAAAAACUGGUUGAAUCAACGUUGUUUUACGUCAUUUCAACAACAACUAAAUCAAUGUGAUGACGUUGAAUCAAUGUGGAAAACUGAUUGGGUUUGCGUAAAGUUAUCAACAUAAGGGAAUUUUUUUUUUUUUUUUUUUUUUUCUAAAUCCAAUGACAUGGUGAACUCGACCAAAUGUAAAUCAAAACUAGAUGUUGAACUGAUGUCUGUGCCCAGUGGGCCAUGUCAGUUAAAAAUGUUACGUUGGUAAAUUAGCCUAGUUAGUCUAGCCAGCUAUCUAAACUUGUAAUAAUCAUGGACGAAUUACCAACCGGGCACGCAGGGCACGUGCCCAGGGGCCCUGACCUCCAGGGGGCCCUGACCUCCAGGGGGCCCUGACCUCCAGGGGCCCUGACCUCCAGGGGGCCCCCAUUGAUUUUGUUCGUCACUCUCACUCAGAUAUCAUAUUCACAUGGUAUAGGUCAUGGCGAAAUGUGUCGGAUUUGCAGGAAAUGUGCUUUUAAAAUGGCAAAAAUGUCUCCCCAAUCCCAUGACAAAAUGUGUAGAAUUACAGGAAAACUGUAAAACUGCAACAACAACAAAAAAAAAAAAGUUAUGUAAAGCAAAACAUAUUUGUUUACCUUUUGUUGAUAAAAUACUUUUUCUGCCAACACAUCCCUCUGUAUGUAUUGAAUUCUAGUUUUUAAUCCCGGUGCUGAGUUAAUGUGUAGCGGCUAAUUGCAUAGCUAAUAGGCUAUGUGUUUGUAGACCCGACUGAAUAAAGCUUGUUGCUUGUUUUAGCUGUUUUCCAAAUAGCAUUUUAGAGUUUUCUUUUAAUUGUAUAGAAAUGCAGUGAAUGAGCGUCAACUUCCCCCUCCCCCAAUAAUAUAACGUUGUCUUUAAAAACUGUUCCGCUCUACUUCUUGACUUUCAUUUAGCUGUAGUCACAGGGGAGGAUUUCAAGCAUUUUGUUUUCUGUUUACAACAUAUAAACGCUGUCAACAUGUUUUUUUUUGCCUUUAUAAUCUAGCAUAUUUGAUAUUGAAGGACAUUCUGAAUCAGUUUGUCAUUGUGUGUUUUUCUUCUGCUUUUCCUCAAACUAGGCUAGCAUUGUACCCCCCCCCCACCCCCCCAACCCCCCCACCCCCCCCCCCCACCCCCCAGAACCCCAGUGGGAGGAAUACAUAACCCAUGAAGCCACACACCAGCCGCAGGCCAUUUGACCCAGUUUCCUCUCAUUCCUCAUCUAGAGUUGUUUGUUUUGCUUCUGUCUCUGCAAAUAAAAUCCUGCUCUUUUUUUAGUUCCUUCAACCCAAUGGCUUUAAUCCCAGCUGAGGAAGGCUGGUCCAUGGAAGUGAACCAUUUCCGUCAUGUGCUGAGGACAUUUAACCAGACUGAACGCUGUGCUCAUCAUUGUUUCACUUCACCAAGGUUGAGCGCAGCGUUCAGCUUGGUUUAACCAGUCUAGACCUGUGUGACGUUUACACCAAAGCAACAUAUUAUGCCAUAGCGAACAGAGGCUGUCUGCAGCCAACAAUGUCUGAAAAUAAGUUAAUGAAUCAUUGACAUGCAUUAGGGCAUGCAACGGAAAGGGUUUUUAAAUGUUUUGCAACUGAAAAUGGGUGUUUCUGUUUAGACUAGCCCUGCUGUUUCCAUUUGCUGCCUAAUGAACCUGACCCAUAUCCUAUCAGGGUUAUGGAGCUAAAUGAACCUGACCCAUAUCCUAUCAGGGUUAUUUUGAGGCUAAAUGAACCUGACCCAUAUCCUAUCAGGGUUAUUAUGAGGCUAAAUGAACCUGACCCAUAUCUUCUCAGGGUUAUUAUGAGGCUAAAUGAACCUGACCCAUAUCCUAUCAGGGUUAUUUUGAGGCUAAAUGAACCUGACCCAUAUCCUAUCAGGGUUAUUAUGAGGCUAAAUUAACAUGAUCCAUAUCCUAUCAGGGUUAUUAUGAGGCUAAAUGAACCUGACCCAUAUCCUAUCAGGGUUAUUUUGAGGCUAAAUGAACCUGACCCAUAUCCUAUCAGGGUUAUUAUGAGGCUAAAUGAACCUGACCCAUAUCUUCUCAGGGUUAUUAUGAGGCUAAAUGAACCUGACCCAUAUCUUCUCAGGGUUAUUAUGAGGCUAAAUGAACCUGACCCAUAUCCUAUCAGGGUUAUUAUGAGGCUAAAUGAACCUGACCCAUAUCCUAUCAGGGUUAUUAUGAGGCUAAAUGAACCUGACCCAUAUCCUAUCAGGGUUAUUAUGAGGCUAAAUUAACAUGACCCAUAUCUUCUCAGGGUUAUUAUGAGGCUAAAUGAACCUGACCCAUAUCCUAUCAGGGUUAUUAUGAGGCUAAAUGAACCUGACCCAUAUCUUCUCAGGGUUAUUAUGAGGCUAAAUGAACCUGACCCAUAUCCUAUCAGGGUUAUUUUGAGGCUAAAUGAACCUGACCCAUAUCCUAUCAGGGUUAUUAUGAGGCUAAAUUAACAUGACCCAUAUCCUAUCAGGGUUAUUAUGAGGCUAAAUGAACCUGACCCAUAUCCUAUCAGGGUUAUUUUGAGGCUAAAUGAACCUGACCCAUAUCCUAUCAGGGUUAUUAUGAGGCUAAAUGAACCUGACCCAUAUCUUCUCAGGGUUAUUAUGAGGCUAAAUGAACCUGACCCAUAUCUUCUCAGGGUUAUUAUGAGGCUAAAUGAACCUGACCCAUAUCCUAUCAGGGUUAUUAUGAGGCUAAAUGAACCUGACCCAUAUCCUAUCAGGGUUAUUAUGAGGCUAAAUGAACCUGACCCAUAUCCUAUCAGGGUUAUUAUGAGGCUAAAUUAACAUGACCCAUAUCUUCUCAGGGUUAUUAUGAGGCUAAAUGAACCUGACCCAUAUCCUAUCAGGGUUAUUAUGAGGCUAAAUGAACCUGACCCAUAUCUUCUCAGGGUUAUUAUGAGGCUAAAUGAACCUGACCCAUAUCCUAUCAGGGUUAUUUUGAGGCUAAAUGAACCUGACCCAUAUCCUAUCAGGGUUAUUAUGAGGCUAAAUUAACAUGACCCAUAUCCUAUCAGGGUUAUUAUGAGGCUAAAUGAACCUGACCCAUAUCCUAUCAGGGUUAUUUUGAGGCUAAAUGAACCUGACCCAUAUCCUAUCAGGGUUAUUAUGAGGCUAAAUGAACCUGACCCAUAUCCUAUCAGGGUUAUUAUGAGGCUAAAUGAACCUGACCCAUAUCUUCUCAGGGUUAUUAUGAGGCUAAAUGAACCUGACCCAUAUCUUCUCAGGGUUAUUAUGAGGCUAAAUGAACCUGACCCAUAUCCUAUCAGGGUUAUUAUGAGGCUAAAUGAACCUGACCCAUAUCCUAUCAGGGUUAUUAUGAGGCUAAAUGAACCUGACCCCAUAUCCUAUCAGGGUUAUUAUGAGGCUAAAUUAACAUGACCCAUAUCUUCUCAGGGUUAUUAUGAGGCUAAAUGAACCUGACCCAUAUCCUAUCAAGGUUAUUAUGAGGCUAAAUGAACCUGACCCAUAUCCUAUCAGGGUUAUUAUGAGGCUAAAUUAACAUGACCCAUAUCCUAUCAGGGUUAUUAUGAGGCUAAAUGAACCUGACCCAUAUCCUAUCAGGGUUAUUAUGAGGCUAAAUGAACCUGACCCAUAUCCUAUCAGGGUUAUUAUGAGGCUAAAUGAACCUGACCCAUAUCCUAUCAGGGUUAUUAUGAGGCUAAAUUAACAUGACCCAUAUCUUCUCAGGGUUAUUAUGAGGCUAAAUGAACCUGACCCAUAUCCUAUCAGGGUUAUUAUGAGGCUAAAUUAACAUGACCCAUAUCCUAUCAGGGUUAUUAUGAGGCUAAAUGAACCUGACCCAUAUCCUAUCAGGGUUAUUAUGAGGCUAAAUGAACCUGACCCAUAUCCUAUCCUGGUUAUUAUGAGGCUAAAUUAACCUGACCCAUAUCCUAUCAGAGUUAUUAUGAGGCUAAAUGAACCUGACCCAUAUCCUAUCAGGGUUAUUAUGAGGCUAAAUGAACCUGACCCAUAUCCUAUCAGGGUUAUUAUGAGGCUAAAUGAACCUGACCCAUAUCAUAUCAGGGUUAUUAUGAGGCUAAAUGAACCUGACCCAUAUCCUAUCAGGGUUAUUAUGAGGCUAAAUUAGUCCAGUCCAGUGGAGGUGUUCUUCAGGCAUAUACACCCUGAAAGUUGCUCAGUACAUUCACUCCAGUUCCCUAGUUCCCCAGUUAUCCAGUUCCCAAGUUCCCCAGUUCUCCAGUUCCCUAGUUCCCCAGUUCUCCAGUUCCCUAGUUCCCUAGUUCCCCAGUUCUCCAGUUCCCUAGUUCCCCAGUUCUCCAGUUCCCUAGUUCCCCAGUUCUCCAGUUCCCUAGUUCCCCAGUUCUCCAGUUCCCUAGUUCCACAGUUCCCCAGUUCCCUAGUUCCCCAGUUCAGCCAUAGUUUGUGUGCAGUGUGUCAUUUGGGCUAAAUAUUCCUUGAGUACCUGUAAAUGUGAGAUCCUUGUAAAAGAUCUGGCCAACCCCUAGCCAGGGUGAAGCACAGUGGGGGAUCGAGUGAAGAGUUUCCUUUGUAGUGUUUGGGUUUACAAGGCUUUACAUGGCUCUUGUGUGAAUAGCAAUGGUCUGGAUAAUACUGUUCUUGUUUGGGAAGGCAGGCCAUACAUUUACAGAGCUUUAUAUUAAAACAAAACUGUUUUCUCUAGCACACUGACAAAUGCCCUGAAACAGGAUUGUACUGUGAAUCAAGCUGCAAUGUUAUCAGCUGGUAUUUCACAGUGACACUGUACUGUAUGUCAGAUCUGGAUCAAAAACAUAUGUCUGUGCUUGAUUUAGUUUGCCCAGUACAAUGGAACAAAUGGAAUAGUCUCUAAAUGGCAAAACUCCAAGCUAAAUCAAUUCCACCUUCAAAUGCUUUCACACGUUUUCAGUUGUCCUAGUGAUCUGAACACUGUGAAAGUAACAAAGUCAAUGAAGGUUUCCGAGGUAAACUUUGUGACUUGAGAAACGUGAAAUCUAUGAAAGCCCUGACAUUGUCUCUUUUUGGGAUUCAGUGUCCCAGAAACCAGAAACAAACUCUUUAAAGACGGGAUCUAUCUUCCUGUCCUCUGCAGCUGAAGUGUUACCACAAGCGCUUCCGAAGCCCACAGCGGGAUGUGAUAUUCCGGGUGCAGUUCCAUACAUGCGCUGUGCACGACUUGGGACUCGUCUUUGGGAAGAAUGAGCUCGAUGAGACCUUCAAGGGUAAAGAAGAUAUUCCUAAAUGUCCAAAAAAACUUACAUUUCCAGCAUAAUGCAUACAAUAUCUGUCAAACCUAUUUUCCAAUCUCCCGUCAUUGUUUUAAACAUGGACACAUUUUAUUCUCUUCUCUCAUCCUCAAACCAGAUGACAGAUUCCCAGAUUUUGGAAAGGUGGAGUUUGUCUUUUCCUUUGGGCCAGAAAAAAUCAAUGGUAAGCAUACCUACUCCUCUUGUUGGCAGCCAUUUUCUCCAAGCAAAUGAAAGCUCAUUCAGAAACAGAAAUGUGUUUAAGAUGACAGACACUACCUCCUAUUGUAUGGGUAUGGCUUUGGCCCAUGGUAAAGUGCUGUAUGUUUUGGUAAUUCUUCGACAGAAACAAGUCACCUGAAGUAAAACAUUUGAGGGCGGCAGGUAGCUUAGUGGUUAAGAGCGUUGUGCCAGUAACCGAAAGGUCGCUGGUUCUAAUCCCUGAGCCGACUAGGUGAAAAAUCUGUCGAUGUGCCCUUGAGCAAGGCACUUAACCCUAAUUGCUCCUGUAAGUCGCUCUGGAUAAGAGCGUCUGCUAAAUGACCAAUUAUUUAUUUAUCUUCUUUGACCCCUCUGUAUGUGUUUUCUUCCCCAGGGAUGGACCACUUGGAGAAUGGGCCCACUGUCUCAGUGGACUACAAUACCCAAGAUGCUCUAAUCCGCUGGGACUCCUAUGAGAACCUCAAUCAGCAUUGUGAGGACACUAUGGAU